AUGUACACGACAUGUACAUUUAUAAUAUUUUUUAUACAAGAUACGUUAGACUUAUCGUAUCUGGAGAAACAAUUGGAAGUUGCAAAAUUGAUAGCCCGAGAUCGAAUUGUAUUAAUUCUUAGCAAACCACACGACAUGGCUAGAAAAAAGUUUUCCGGUGAAUCCCCUUACAAAGUUGCCAAAGAGACAUGCCCGGAUUCACACUGGCUGUUUACAGACUUCUCCAACAAAGUUAAUCUAGUUUCUGACAAACCUUGCGUUAAACCACCUGUGAUAGCUGCAAUAUUUGGCCUCGGGCGUGCUGGUUCCAUUCACUUAUGCAGUAUAAACCGCAACCCAAGAGUUCUUUUGAAGUACAUCGUUGAUGAUCGCAAGGAGAGGUUGGAAAAGCUCAGAGCUUUCUGGAAACUCGAAUUGACUAACGGUGUCUUCGCGUUUGCCGCGUAA